UGAAUGGGACGCCUGGAAGUUGGACGCCUGGAAGAGAAAUGUUUCCCGGGGUGAAGUUGAGGGGAGACGGUAAACUUCCUCUGUGCGCUGCCACGUCUGAACCCGCUUCCUGUAGAGGACGCAGCCAAAGAGACAGCAGCGGAGGAGAGGGAUAUACUUGAAUUAAUUAACGAUCUGCCAUGCUGCCCAGGCUUCCUGUCUGUAUCCUCAUUUCUUUGCCAGUUCUUCUGGUGCAGGGCAGCGCCACGGAUUCAUCCAAGAAGAGCCCUGCUGCCCCAGCCACCCCGCCUCCACCCCGCCCGCCGCCUCCUCUGGGUGACCCCAGCUGGGCUCUCGGUCUGCACCUGUACCAGGCUCUGCGCUCUGACUCAAGCUCUUUAAACACCCUCUUCUCUCCUCUGCUUGUGGCCUCCUCGCUCGGAGCGCUGGGUAAAGGUUCAGCAGGCACCACUUCCAGCCAGGUCCAUGACCUCCUCAAGACUCCAGUCACUGCCGCCAAGGCUGGAGCCCGUGCCAGGGAGAUCCUGUCCGGGGCGUUGAAGAGCUUCACUGAAGCCAAUGGUACCAGCUUUCACCUGCGCGCAUCCUCAGCUCUGUUUUCCAAGCAAGCUCCUCCAGUCAGCCAGGCAUUUGUGAAGGAGAGCCAGGCCAGGUUCGGGCUGCAGCAUCGGCCACUGGGAAAAGGAGAUUCCAAGGCUGACCUGAAGAAGCUCCAUAGCUGGGCUAAAGCUGGGCUUGGUGGACUGGAGGGGGCUCCUUUAGUGGAUGAAAUCCAGGCUAAGGAUGGAGCUUUGAUACUGGCCAAUGCCCUGCACUUUAAAGGGCUGUGGGAGAGAGAGUUCAGCGGUGAGAGCACAGAUCAUCGUACCUUCUUGGGGAAGAAAUACACCAAAGUGAUGAUGAUGCACAGAGCAGGUUUGUACCGUCACCAUGAAGACAUUGAAAACAUGGUGCAGGUUCUGGAGGUGCCCCUAUAUGGGGGCAAGGCCAGCGUGGUGCUCCUGCUGCCCUUCCAUGUCGAGAGUCUGGCGAGGUUGGAGAAACUGCUGACACCUGAGCUGCUGUCCAAGUGGCUGGAGAAGACCAAUAUCACUAGUAUGUCCAUCUCGCUGCCUCGGGCAAACAUCACCAGCACACUCAGUCUCCAGAAACAGUUGUCUGCUUUGGGCUUGACUAACGCCUGGGACCAGAAGGCAGCUGAUUUCUCCGGGGUGUCCAGCAAGGGCAAGGGGAAACUCCACCUGGGUGGAGUCCUCCAUUGGGCUUCCCUUGAGUUGGCUGCUCAAGCUGGGAAAGGAGAAGCAGAUCUGGAGGAGGAGAACGUCGAAAAGCCCAAGCUGUUCUACGCCGAUCACCCCUUCAUCAUCUUUGUUAGAGACAACGCCACUGGAGCCCUGCUGCUGAUGGGAGCUCUGGAGCAUGUAGAGGGAGAGGCCCUCCAUGAUGAACUGUAAUACCACCGACAUCUAUCCUUUUUCUUGUCUUCUUUGGCUCUGUUUCUUACACACUCCCUCUCAAAGACAACACACUGGUUUCUAAGUCGAGACAUUGUCAUUCACUGUGGCACACUAUCACAUCAAACUAUGGCUGGCUGUCAUACUUUGACACUGCAUAGUCUGGCACUGACUGACACUGACACUGCCAUACCCGACAGUUACACAGUCACACACACAUACCGACGCCUACAUGGCAUACAUAAAAAUACAGUAUAAGACAUUACUAAAGUUGACGGAUACAGCAAAAACACUAACUCGGAGAGACUUACUGCAUUUUCUCUCUCCCGCGCAUGUGCACCCCUACACACACGCACACACACACACUCUCAAGGCCUCAAUGAUCAAGUCAACACAAAACAAAAUGACAAGAAUGCUCUGACAAACACUAAGAUGCUGACAAGCAGAAGUGGUUUCACUCGCCCAACACUUAGAGCAGCAUCAACAAAGAACUUUAACAAAUAGAAGCUCACAGUGACACUUGAAUCCUCCCUGUCAGGCAAACACAAAGGCAGGUGGGUGCGUGUGCUUGUGUGUGUGUGUGUGUGUGUGUGUGUGUGUGUGUGUGUGUGUGUGUGUGUGUGUGUGUGUGUGUGUGUGUGUGUGNGUGUGUGUGUGUGUGUGUGUGUGUGUGUGUGCUCGGUGACCGACAGAUCAAGGGUGCUCUCGGAGCUGGCAGGGACCUAUGGCGGGGUCCCCUGGGCGACAUCAGAGGAAGACUGAUGGAUCAGCCAAGUGCUUAUUGAUGAGCCAGCUUAAUGCUAAUAGCCGUAAUGAGUCACAACGCUUGUCAACAACACGGAGAGGACGGGGGAACCUUUUAAUCUCUUAAUACCAUCAGGGAUCAAUGACACCGUUAUGCCGCUGGAAACAAACAUGACUGACAUCGCUCGACUUAAAUGUAACAACUUAAUAUUUAGGAUAAUUGCAGCCGUUCAAAGAGGUAUUGAUUGUCAUUUCCAGAUUUGUUUUUUAUAGCACCAGAGGGGUGGUUGUGAUAUGUGAAUGAACUACUGUAGUGACUGCCUAAGUGUAUGUUUGAUAUUUGAUAUGGUGCAUUUUUUAAAAUAAAUAUUUCUAUUUGAUACAAAGCAA